UCCCAGUCCUACCUAUGCACAGAUACCACUCCCAGGUCUCCCCUGUCCUGCCCCUUGGUGAGACCUGACCCCAGUGCACAGCUGAGGCCUCUGCGGACUCCAUACUCAGGAAGGAUGUCGUCCACAGGCCGAGCAGCCCAAAGUGCUGAGUGCGGUGGAGGACCGCAUGGAUGAGCUGGGUGCCAGCAUUGCACAGUCCCGGCGGACGGUGGCCCUCAUCAAGAGUGCAGCUGUGGCCGAGCGGGAGAGGGUGAGCCGGCUGUUUGCAGAGGCUUCGGCCACCCUGCAGGGAUUCCAGAAGGAGGUGCUGGGCUUCAUUGAAGAGGGUGAGGCCACCAUGCUGGGCCGCUCCCAGGGCGACCUUCAGCGGCAGGAGGAGCAGCGCAGCCGGCUGAGCCGGGCCCGCCACAACCUCAGUCAGGUCCCUGAGGCCGACUCAGUCAGCUUCCUGCAGGAACUCCUGGCACUCAGGCUGGCCCUGGAGGAGGGGUGCGGCCCUGGGCCUGGUCCCCCGAGGGAGCUCAGCUUCACUAAGUCGUCCCAGGCUGUGAAGGCAGUGAGAGAUGUGGUGACUGCGGCCUGCGCCAGCCAGUGGAAGCAGCUGCUAGGGCUGAGCAAUGAUGAGGCUGGGCUGCAGAAGCUCAGCACGGAAGUCGAUGCCGAGUCCCAGGACCCAGAUAACAGCAACCACCUGGAGAGCGAGGCACCCAGGGAUUACUUCCUCAAGUUCGCCUACAUCGUGGACCUGGACAGUGACACAGCAGACAAGUUCCUGCAGCUGUUUGGGACCAAAGGUGUGAAGAGGGUGCUGUGUCCCAUCAACUACCCUGAGUCACCCGCCCGCUUCACUCACUGCGAGCAGGUGCUGGGUGAAGGCGCCCUGGACAGGGGCACCUACUACUGGGAGGUGGAGAUCAUUGAGGGCUGGGUCAGCGUGGGGGUCAUGUCCGAAGACUUUUCCCCACACGAACCCUACGACCGGGGCCGGCUUGGCCGCAAUGCCCACUCCUGCUGCCUACAGUGGAAUGGACGCAGCUUCUCCGUCUGGUUCCAUGGGCAGGAGGCACCCCUGCCUCACCCCUUCUCGCCCACGGUCGGGGUCUGCCUGGAAUAUGCCGACCAAGCCCUGGCCUUCUACACCGUGCGGGAUGGCAAGAUGAGCCUUCUGCGGAGGCUGAAGGCCACCCGGACCCGCCGGGCUGGCCCCUCGGCCUCCCCCAUUGACCCCUUCCAGAGCCACCUGGACAGCCACUUUUGGGGGCUCUUCCGGAGCAGGCUGAAGCCCGCCUUCUUCCUGGAGAGUGUGGAUGCCCAUCUGCAGAUCGGGCCCCUCAAGAAGUCCUGCAUAUCUGUGCUGAAGAGGAGGUGAUGCA